UGCUCAGUGCCACGUUGAUGGAGACCAGUGGGGACGUGGAAAUCUGCCUUGCCGGGACCCGGUAGCCUCUCCUGCUGUUGUUUCAGCCGUUAAUCCGUGAGCAGAACUGAAAGGGGAACCUGUGCGGACGGAGGCUGCUUGUGUUCGUCGCCUAUUUUAUGUGUGCGUUCAUGUGAAGAGCAGCGAAGAAGAGAAGGAUGAAACUUAAAGAGAUCAACCGCACAGCCAUCCAGAGCUGGAGUCCUGCACAGCACCACCCCAUCUACCUGGCAACAGGAACAUCAGCCCAGCAGCUGGACGCCUCCUUCAGCACCAAUGCCUCCCUGGAAUUUUUUGAGCUGGAUUUGUCCGAACCCUCUCUGGACAUGAAAUCAUGUGGCAGCUUCACCUCCACUCACAGGUACCACAAACUAGUGUGGGGUCCCUAUGGUAUGGACGGUCAGGGCCACCCGUCUGGCGUCCUUAUCGCAGGAGGUGAGAACGGCAACGUCAUCCUGUACGACCCUGCAAAGAUCAUCGCUGGAGAGAGCGACGUGAUCAUCGCUGAGAGUGACAAACACACUGGACCAGUGAGAGCUCUCGACGUCAACCCAUUCCAGACAAACCUGGUUGCAUCAGGUGGGAAUGAGUCUGAAAUCUAUAUCUGGGAUAUGAAUAACUUUGGUUCUCCAAUGACACCAGGACCUAAAACACAGCCUCUGGAGGACAUCAGCUGUGUGUCAUGGAACAGACAGGUCCAGCACAUCCUGGCCUCUGCAAGCCCGAGUGGCCGAGCCUCGGUGUGGGACCUUCGCAAGAAUGACCUCAUUAUCAAAGUUAGCGACCACAGCAACCGGAUGCACUGCUCCGGCCUGGCUUGGAACCCAGAGGUGGCCACUCAGCUGGUCUUGGCCUCAGAGGACGACCGGAUGCCCGUCAUCCAGAUGUGGGAUUUACGUUUUGCUACCUCUCCUCUCAAGAUUUUGGAGCAUCACACACGGGGUAUCCUGGCCAUCACCUGGAGCUUGGCUGAUCCUGAGCUGCUUCUGAGCUGUGGGAAGGACAGCAGGAUUCUGUGCUGGAAUCCAAACACAGCAGAGGUUGUGUAUGAGUUGCCCACCAGCAGCCAGUGGUGCUUUGACAUCCAGUGGUGCCCCAGAAACCCUGCGGUGCUGUCGGCCGCUGGCUUCGAUGGACACAUCGACAUCUAUUCGAUCAUGGGAGGCAGCAACACGGCACAGAGCCAGAGACAUGCUGACCAGAUCAGCAACUCGUUUGGAAACAUGGAUCCUUUUGGGACCGGACAAACACUGCCUCCGCUGCAGCUGCCCCAGGCUCCGGCCCCUCCAGCGACAGUCAACCCACUGAAGAAGCCACCCAAGUGGAUUCGCAGACCUGUGGGGGCCUCAUUUUCCUUCGGUGGGAAGCUGGUGUCUUUGGAGAACACAAAGCCGAACCCUCAGCAGCCUCAGCAGCCCACUUCACACGUUGUGCACAUCAGCCAGGUUGUUACAGAAACAGCCUUUCUGAAGCGCUCCGAUCAGCUGCAGGCCACUCUGAGUUCAGGCAGCUUCGUGGACUUCUGCCAGGGAAAGAUCGAUGUGGCUGAAAAUGAAUUUGAAAAGACUGUUUGGUCUUUCCUCAAGGCUAAUUUUGAAAGCGAUAUCCGCAGCAAGUACCUGGAACUUCUAGGGUACAACAAAGAGGAACUGGCCUUAAAGAUUUCUGCAGCACUAGAGGAGAAACCUGCCGAACCUCCAAAGGUGGAUGUGCCUGCUCCAGCCACUGUGCAGCUUGUACCAGACCUCAGCAUUAUGCCACCUGCCGACAAUCCCGAGGCAGCGUUCGACAUGAUCGCUGCUGCAAACCUGCAGCCAGAAGCCCCAGUUGAACUAAUCUCCACUCCAGAACCAGAGGCUGAGGAUCCAACAGCACCGGCGGUGGAGCCAGAAGAUGCUCUUAUCAGUGAACCAGAUGCAAAUGUGGACCAGGUUCUCCCAGAGGAGGAAACUGAAGAGGCUGAGGAGAAAGAGGAGCAGAUUGAGGAGGAAGAGGAGGAGGAGGAGGAGGAGGAGGAGGAGGAAGAGAUCCCCUUGGAGGAGGAGACGACAGCCGCAGUGGAGGAAGAGUCCAGUCCUGUGGAGACACCAGCUCCGGCUGAGAUCCCACCUCCAGUUCCAACCCCUGCAGGAGGAGUCAAUCUCAGCAUCAGUCAAGAUGUGGAUGGGCUGAUCACACAGGCUCUGCUGACUGGAGACUUUGAGGGAGCUGUGGAGCUCUGUCUCCAUGACAACCGGAUGGCGGACAGCAUCAUCCUGGCUAUAGCUGGAGGGACUGAACUCUUAGAGAAAACCCAGAAGAAGUACUUUACGAAAACACACAGCAAGAUUACCAAGCUGAUCAGUGCAGUGGUGAUGAAAGACUGGCACGACAUCCUGAAGACAUGUGACCUGCAGAACUGGAAGGAGGCGCUGGCCGCCGUCAUGACCUACGCUCAGCCUGAGGAGUUCUCUUCCCUCUGUGAUCUUCUCGGUGGCAGACUGGAGGCAGCAGAUGAUGCUCAACUGCAGUCCCAGGCCUGUCUGUGUUACAUCUGUGCUGGCAACGUGGAGAAACUUGUGUGUUGCUGGACCAAAGCACAGGAUGGGCAUUGUCCUCUCUCUCUACAGGACCUGGUGGAGAAGGUGGUGGUGUUGAGGCGUGCAGUAGAGCAGACCCAGCAAUCCGGUCCGGCUGCUAUUGGCAUCCUGCUGGCUGAGAAGAUGAGCCAGUACGCCGGCCUGCUGGCCUCGCAGGGCAGUCUGUCCACUGCCAUCGCCUACCUGCCUGACAACACCAACCAGGCUGCCGUACAGCAGCUUCGUGACCGUCUCAGUCGGGCUCUGGGGCAGCAGGCAGCGACUCCGGCUGCAGCUCCAGUGCAAACCCAGAGAGUUCCUGCUCAGCUGCCUGCCCCUCAGACUCAGCACGGCUCAGCCCUGCCUCGCCAUCCGUACACCCCAGUCCAGCCCGCCAUGGUGCCUCAACCCGCUGCAGCAGCUCCGGUGCCCAUGCCUACGCCUGCCUCCGCCCCUGCACAGCCGCAGUAUUACCAGCCAGUGAGGGCUGCCUCCACUGUCACCUCCUGGAGUAACCAAACUCCCACAGCCCUCCCCAAUGUCCCUCCUCCUCUUCAAGACCAGCAGAUGGAACCUUCCAACCCCAUGUUCGGGAUGCCAGCUUCCGGCACCGCAGCGCCUCCUCCAGCCUCCUCUACUCCUGCGUACAUGUACUCCCAUCAGUACCAGCCCUACCCCCAGGUCAACCAGUACCCACCUGGAGCUGGGGGGGCCCCUAUCUAUCAGCCUCUUCAGUAUUCAUCCUCUACUGCUCCUCCUGCAGAGCCCUCCUCCCCCCCUCACCCCCCUGGCUUCCUCUCUCAGUAUACUCAACCCGUCCCGUCUCAGCCGGCGCCUCCUCUGUAUCCCGGACAACCCCCCAUCAGCCAGUGCCCAACCUCCCCUCCUGCCUCCCAUCCUCUCUUCUUUCCCGUCUCCUCUUCCUUUUCCGCUCCUCCGGCCUCUGGAGUGUCUUUCCAGCAUGGGGGUCCGGGAUCUCCUGUGUCGUACAUGCCUCCUCCUCCACCGAGCGGAGUCUCAGGUACACAGCACGACCCCGACCCUGGGCUGAUCCCCGCCUCUCAGAGAACAGGGCCUCAGAACGGCUGGAAUGACCCUCCAGCUCUGACCCGAGCACCAAAGAAGAAGCAGAUUCCACAGAACUACACCCCUCCUGCCCCCAUCACUGCUCCCAUCAUGACUCCCCUGGGCGGCGAUCCUCAGGCCCAGCCGGUGUCCUCUGGGGCCCCUCAGGCCAUGGUCCAGGGCCCACAUGGUGCCCAGGUCCCCUACUCAGGCAUGCACCAGCAGCAACAGCUCUCACCUCCACCCAUGAACCCUGCGAUGCCCAAGACCAGUAUGGAGGGAGCACCGGGAGCUCCGACUGGAGAUGUGAUCCAGCCUCUGCAGUCGAUUCCCGCUGAGAAGAUCAUGAAGAAGCCGAUCCCUGAUGAGCACCUGGUUCUGAAGACAACGUUCGAGGGUCUCAUCCAGAAGUGCUUGGCUGUAGCUACCGACCCUCAAACUAAGAGAAAGCUGGACGACGCCAACAAACGCUUGGAAGCCCUCUAUGACAAACUCAGAGAGCAGACGCUGUCACCUGCCAUUGUAGGAGGACUUCAUAACAUAGCCAGGAGUAUAGAGGCCCGGUCCUACGCCGAGGGCCUCAACAUCCACACCCACAUAGUCAGCAACAGCAACUUCAGCGAGACGUCGGCCUUUAUGCCUGUACUCAAGGUGGUGCUGACACAAGCCAACAAACUUGGGGUCUGACGAGGCAGAAAACCUCUGAACCACUCCUCCUCCAAGGGUUCGACCAGCAGCCGGUGGAGAGUGUCCGGUCUGGGGUCGGGCAGGCGUUAGAAAAAAGAAAAGAAAAAAAAAAAAAGUCAGCCACUUGUUUUACAGGGAGCUCCAUUUGACUUGCAAUGCAAAUGAUUCUGAGACGUAGGAAAAUACUGUUCAGUUCUUCUUUGUGCCAUUUAUGUUUUUCUGACACAAACACAAGCCAUGCUGUCAGUCGCACUCAGUGGUGAAAGUAAACUCUGAGCCAAAUUAAAGGGCUAACGACUGGCUGACAAGUCGCUCUAAACAUUUCUUUUUAAAUCAGACUUGUUGUCAGAGGUAUUUCAUGAAGAUGCGACAAUCCUGUUAAAGCAAACUGGCAACGAGGAAGGGACAGAUUCAGCGCAUUGGAUACGUAAUUAAAUAUGAAUAAAUAUGAAAGAUAUUCAAUGAAAAUAGAAGAAGUAGCAGGAGGUUUAUGAAUUUUAGGGGCAUUUCUGUCUACAUGAUUACAAUAGAUGUAGUCAUUUUAAAGAAUAAAGCCAAUCUCAGUGAAUCAUGUCUUAAUAACAGACUCCUGAUGCAUGCUUUUAGCUCUCAGUUCAUGCAAUCAUGCAAAUGACAUUUAGAUUUAAGACGUAUUCGCUUGUUCAUCUUUAUAGUCUUUCAAUUUUUGUGCACUACAGCAAUGCCAAGAUACAUUAUAAUCAAUAAAAAAAUAGCAUUUUCACAUUAAAGUACAAAUUAAUGCUUUAUUUGUACAUAUAAGUGCAUCAUUGCUUGCAUGCAUUUUGCAGUAGAUCUGCAAACCAAGCUGCACAGAAACAUUAUGGAUGGAUUCAUUAAGCAAAAGUCCCUGUUAUAUGCAAUUAAAGUAAUUGAAUAUGUUUAGGGCCAGUUAUAUUUUAAUUAUUUGGCUUAUUUGUUCUCUAAACCCCUCUUUCUGCUUUCACUGACUUACUUUCACCACUGGUGUCACUGCGUACAACACAUUGGACCAAGGUAUUGUCAGUGUGUGGGACACGUCAAUGCAAAUCCCACAUGUUGAGGACUUUAUUGAUGUUUUAUUUCGUUUUAGUUUUGUUAUAUUUUCAAUGUAAUCAUGAGGCUCAGCAGAGUGCAAUGAACGUUUUUCUUUUUAUGGAAUUUUUAAAGUAUGCAUGCUUAAACAAACGCUAGCAGUUACAGACAUUACAGGUAAUUAUCAGCUAAUCGAUCGGACCUCAGAAGGAAAGCAGAAGCAGACUUGUAAUUUUCAUUCCAACUACGAUGAGGGCUGAAGUCUGAGGGGUCAACCUCACUUUAUGUUGUUAAUAAAGGAAAACAAGUCUUUGUUUUAGAUUGACUACAUGCAAUAUUUUCAAUAAAUAGUAUUUAUUUACA